AGAAGAAACUAGAAGAUAUUCACAUUUAACAAGCUGACAUCAGAGAAGUUUGACUCUUUAUUCAUAAAAAAUUACUCAAACUGAUUUAAUUGAUUAUCUAAAUAGUUAGCGAUUAAUUUAAUAGUUGACAACUAAUCGAUUAAUCUUUGCAGCGCUAGCGCCAGUCUUGAACAGCCCCCCCUCUCCCCUCCGCCUCUUCCUGAUUGGCUGUGAGUGGUUUUCAACUACGGACCACAUGGAAUGUUGGACGGGAGUGUCAUAGCUGGCACACUUAUGUCACGGGGUUAAAGGUCACUCUGGUUUCAGGCUUGACUUUGCAGAGUGUCCUCACGUGUUUACACAAGGUUUCUGCAGUCGUUGGGAAGAAUCCUGGGAAGUCUUUUCAUUUGACAUGUGGCUUUUAGAGGUCUUUGGGAGAAAAAAAAUCCAGUUUGGAAAAAAGAUGCUACUUAAAAUGUUCAAGUCAUCAUUUUAAAACUACAUCAGAUCACACGUUAUGUAAUGAGUUGUCACGAGACUUGUGAAGGGAAACGCGUAGGAUUAUUAUUAUUCUCGCUGUACCGUAAAUGAACUCAGUUUACAUGUUAGAAUACUCCAGUUUGUUUAGCUAUACAGUCUUCUUUUUGUCUUCUUUUGAGCAUUUUAGGCCUUCAUUUUGUGACAGGACAGCUUAGACGAGGACUGUGCCUCUGUAUAUGGGCGCACGCUCUACCAGGUGAGCUACCCAGGCGCCCGUAGAUCUACAUGCUUCUGAAUAAACUCAAACUUAGUAACAUUUCUCUAAAGGCUUCAACCGGCUUCAACUCACAAUUAUCUUUGGUCGAAAAAACAAAAGACAAUGAAAAAUGUACAACACCUUUCCCCGAGCCCAAGAUGACAUCAUUCAACGUCUUGUUUUGUCUAACCAAGAGUCCAAAAAUCAAAGAUAUUCUGUUUUACAGUAAUGUCAACAGUUAGUAACAAAACAGCAAGUUCGCACAUUUUAGGAGUUGGAACCAUCAAAUUUUUAGCAUUUUUUUUGCUCGAAAGAUUACUUACAAGAUUCAACGAUUAUUUAAAAUAGUUGCUUAAAUGUUCUGUUGAUCAACUUAUAGUUGCAGCUCUAGUUCAGAUCAGUGUGAAGUUUAGCCUAGAUCGUUUAAAUUAUAUCUCAUUUAAUUCUUUCAUCACAGUACUGUUUUAGUUCUUUCUAUUUUUAAGAUGAAUUCAUUCAAUAUAUUUUUGAAAGUCCUGUGUUUGGGGCGGCCUCCAGCUCACCCAGUAAGAGCGUGCGCCCCACGUAGGGCUUUGCAGCGGCCCGGGUUCGAAUCCAACCUGUGGCCCUUUACUGUGUCAUCCCAUCUCUUUCCUGUGUAGCCACUGUCACUACAGAAUAAAGGGAAACCCCCCCAAAAAUCUUAAAGAAAAGAAAGUCCUGUGUUGAAAAAGUUUUGUAUUUUUCAUAAAACAAAACCUUUUUGUAUCCCGAUGUUGCCAAAGAUGACUUCUUCUGAUAUAAUGAAGGUUAUUGUGACAAGAUAAAACGUAUAGUUGAGUAGAGUUUCCAUUUCGAGCUGCAGAUAAAGUGUUUGCUGCCUCUUGCAAAAGUGUAAAGUAUUGACAUGUUACAAGUUGACUUUUUGGCAUGAAGAUUAUGUUUCGUUGGCAGCAGGAUGUGUCCUAAACCAUUAAACAGUUUUCAGUGAAAUGUGGUGGAAAGUUGUAAGCAAAAGAGUUCAUUUGUGGUGGAGAUUUCAGAUAUUAAAAUGUGAAAGGAAUGUUCAUUAUGAAAAGAAUAAUGUAGGUUAAAAGUUAAGACUUUGCUGGCAUGAGUUUUCUGCGCAAAUCCAUCCAUCUCUUUUUCUCUCUGUGUGUUCCCUGCCGAUGCUGGAUUCUGGCUCAGGUAUUUCUCACCCUGUUGAGAUGCAGAGAUAGAGGACGAGAAGAAGAAGAACAAAAAAAAAAAAGACAGAGGAUCCCGUCAGUACCUGGGAACCUGAGGGAUCCUGGAAAGACAGAGAGGAGACAGAGACAGGACAGGGGGAACCAUCGGGGUGAUAAUGCUGUGAGGAGAGCUGCUCAGGGAAAGCUAAAUCAGGUCGUUUCUCUAUCCUCGUCUGUAUCCCGAAAGCGUCCUGUGCAGGAUCUGGUCUGGUCUGAGGGGACUGCAGCACCAUGGGAGCCUCCAGCGACAAGGUGUUUCUACACACCUCUCAGUAAGUCUAAAUUGUUAUCAUCUUCAGGUCAGUCAGUGAUCGAAAAUCAGGAGCCACAUUUACUGGUUAUCUGCCAAAUAUCCAAAACAGGCGUCUCUCCUCUCAGGGCUGCUUGUGUUCUUGCUCUGUGUCGUCUCUUCUCUCUGCCAGGAUGAAUAUUCUGGAUACCACUCAGGUGAGGUACACACCUAUGAAGGCUCCAUGGUCGACCACUUCGAAACCUCAGCCUCUCCUCAACCAGAGUAUCCACCUGAACCAACUCACAGCUACGACGAGGACCAGCGACCCGAGGAGGGGGAUUACGACCCGUACGGCCCUGAACCCACGCAGGUCACCAUGAUGACCGAGGAUGCCUUCCCCUACGCCACCACUGCCGAGUCCCACUACGCCAAAGAAGACACAGAGACCAUGCAGGUCCCAUAUGAGUAUCCUCCAGCAGGACCAGACACCGACUCCUCAGAGGAGGAGUCUGGGGUCAACGCAGCGCUUGGGGAGGAGGGGCCGACGGAGUGCGACUGUGAACCCGGACAGCCUGGAUUCGCUGGCUUCGCAGGACCAAAGGGAUCCAGAGGUCUGCAGGGUAAAACUGGUGAGCCAGGAGUUCAGGGCAGAGAGGGUUAUAAAGGAACCAAAGGGGUUUGGGGAAAAGGAGGAGACACGGGACCAGUGGGCGACGCCGGACCCGAAGGAGACGACGGAGCUUCUGGUUUCUCUGGAGCCAUGGGAGAACCUGGACUUAUAGGAGACCCAGGCGAGAAAGGAGAGUUUGGUCUGAAGGGUGACGUCGGGAUGGAGGGACCCCGCGGAGGAGUCGGAGGUCCGGGUGAGACUGGCCCUCGUGGUGACGUUGGGUCUUCAGGACCAAAGGGCGGUAAAGGCAUAAAGGGGUCUCGCGGUGAUGAAGGCAAAGAGGGGGCUCAGGGACGAGACGGACAGAAGGGUCAGGUCGGAGCUCCCGGGUUUCCAGGCGACGUCGGCGACAGAGGAUACACUGGUUAUCCUGGACAGCAGGGACCCAUCGGACCCACUGGACCAAAGGGCACUAAAGGUCUAGGCGGCGUGCCGGGCAGCGACGGUGACCCCGGAGAAGAUGGUCCUAUAGGAGUCCCAGGGGUAAUGGGAGACCCUGGACUGUUUGGAGCCAAGGGCCAGAAGGGGGAUCGGGGUGUGAAAGGACCCCGAGGCCGAGUGGGCACUGUGGGAGCUGGAGGAGAGCAAGGAGACGCCGGAGUACCAGGCAAACUAGGACCAAAGGGCCUGCAGGGCCAGCCUGGGGCCAAAGGUGAGACAGGACCUGAUGGUGAAAAGGGCACAGCAGGAAAGAAGGGCAUUAAAGGUGUGAAAGGACAAAAGGGCGGCGGGGGAGACCUUGGUGACAAAGGACAGCAUGGUCCUAAAGGUGCAGUCGGUCGUACCGGCGGCCCCGGCCCCGAGGGACCGCCCGGCACCCCGGGCACCAGAGGAGAGCGCGGUGCAAUCGGGGACCUCGGUGUUAAAGGCCAAGCAGGACCCAAAGGAGUUCCAGGUCCCACUGGUCCUGGUCUGACUGAUGAGCAGGUCCUGCAGCUCUGCAGGGGCGUGGUCACGGCCCAGAUCUCUCAGUACGCCGCCUCCAUCCGGGCCAAGUGUUCCCAGGGCUGCCCCGUCAACAACAGGACGCUCAUCGGGCCUCCAGGGGGCCCUGGGCAGACGGGGUCACUGGGCAAACCUGGUAAACCAGGAAAAGCCGGAGCCAAAGGAGCCCGAGGACCUCAAGGAGACCGUGGACUGGAGGGACAGAAAGGAGCGCAGGGUGACCAAGGUAAAAAAGGACCUAAAGGCCUCGCAGGUGAUCCAGGUACAGGUCUGGCAGGACCUGAUGGACCACAAGGCGUCAGAGGUCUGCCAGGUCACCCGGCAGAACCCCAAAAUGGCAUGGAAGGUCCCCGAGGUCCCCGUGGCUUCCCUGGUCCAGUUGGUCAGACCGGCAUGCUCGGGGACGCAGGCGUGCCAGGAUUUUGCGAGGCGCGGGACUGCAGCAUCCAUGCACCGGUGACGCGCAAAGAGCAGGGUCUGGUGAAAGGACCCAUAAGUUCAAAAAUGUGAACCUGAACACGAGCGACGAGCACCGCCGUGAGAUUAUAGAGCGUCUGAAAUUCCCCUGGUGGCAACUUUAAGGUUCGUCUCAUUGAAUAAGAUUAAGACAAUAGUUUGUUUGAAAGAUGCAAAUGAUUCUCUCGUUCAUUGCAAAUGUCAGGGGACCAAGCGUAGUACCCUGGGGCGCUCCGCUGAUGGACAGGUUUGGUAAGAAAUAGGAAACAGAGCAGGAAUGAAACCAGAAAAGACUUUUCCAUCUGAGCCAGACAAAGAUUUUAGAGGUUGUUAUACUCCAAACACUGUUACAGCGUUGAACAGGAACAAUAACGUCUGAGGGGGUUUGUUUAGUUUGAUAAAGACACCAAAUUAUUCCCCAUCGAUUCCUUCCUCCCUUCGGUUCAUUUUUUAUUUUUUCUGGAUCCCUAAAGUCAGUUUUGUUGUUUAAAAAUAAACAAAAAUAAAAAUGAAAAAAAGCUAUGUAAAUAUUUUGUAAAGUAUCUCAAAUACAUGUACUGUGCUCUGGAAUAUGUUUCAGAUAAACUGUCUUUAUGAUGUUUUUUUAAUCUGAGUCUUCAGUUUGUCAGUCGCCACAUGUUUAAAUGUUGUGCUUUUAAUUCUGACAAAAAAUAUUCCAGAAAAGAUAAAUCACAGAAAUGUCUCGGUUCCAGACUUUUUUUGUUUUCUUCCAGAUUUCUUUUUAGCAAUUCAACCAGAAAUGAAAAAUUAAACAACAAUUAAUUGUGAUUAUCAGGCUUUCACAGUAAAGCACUAAUCUGAUUA